UUUAGUGUGUGGAGCUGCUCGCGCUCCGCCCGGGCUGUCAGUCCCGGCUCCAGCCGCCGCGAGACCUUCCCGGAGACGCGCGCACACACAGCGCACCCCCCGCACACCGCACACCCUCGCUCCCUUGCUCACACACACGCACACACUCAGCCUGGCCGAGCGGGAGCCACUGACCAUUUUGCAAGUGCCGGACCAGCUGCGGCGCAGUGGGUACAAACACUCCGCGUUCCCAUUCGGGGCUUUCGUCUUGGAGACGACGACGAGGGGCGAAGGUGGGCUAGGACGCGGACCAGGCGCGGGGCACUGGUCGGGCCGCCUUCCUGGCAGAGCCGCCUCCCGGGACGGGCGCGGGCCUCCGCAGAGAGUAGAAUAAAGAGGAGCGGCCGCAAUCGCAGCGCGAGGAGGAUGGGAACUCCCCUAUUUCCAGCUCUGUAACGGGUGGAAAUCCUGAAUGGAGGAGCCGCUGAUUUCAUUUGCUUGAGAAAAUCGUCCAGAGGAACUCAUAUUUGGCUACUCUGAGCAGUGGAGGGGUGUCCAUGACGUGGCAGGGGGAAAAUAGACAUACGAAACCUCCUAUGUGUACUGCAAACUGUAACCAAGCAAGGGGAAAAUAAUCUCUAUUUUAAUUUCAUGCAAAGGGUUUUAAGCAUCUGUAUUAUAAACUUACUUCUAUGCCUUGUACCCAGUUCAGCAGAAACCAGAGGAGUCCUGUCUGGGGACCCCAUCAUUAUCCGGGAGACCCGCCGCCAGCGGCCUGCCUUCGUUUACCCACAUCCCCCUGGAACGGAUAUCUGUUUGGGGUACCACAGUCUUUCCUAUAGAACUAUGGCCAAAUAUCCAUGAAUGUUGCUAAUUCUGGGACCUAACUCCUGGAAUCUACCUGCAGGGCUGGAAUUUAGCCUAACUGCAUAUGAAGAAAUGACAUUUUAAACCAUUUUAAAAAUACCUUAAAAAUUUCCUGUGUAGCAGGAUUUGAUAGGCUUAACAACAUGACAGGUAAGAACUUUCUCUCUUUCUAGUCCCCGAACGCCCCACGCCGGGAAGGCUGAAGCGGAACGGGACCCUGGAGGAAGGAGAGCCAGGGGACCUGGGUGCCCCUCGGGGCUCGCAGGCGCUCGGCCCGGCGCUGCUUUCGAGAGCAGCUCAGCCCUCGCUUCCUGGACGGUGGGGCCAGCGGCUGGGGAAGCUUCUGGGGCGCGCGCGGGGAGGCGGCGCAGCGCUGCACCUGCCCUGCCCCGGACACAGCCCCGGGGCGAGGCUCCAGGGACCACCCCAAGUCAAUAUUGGGAUUUUUAAUAAACCAAGGAAUGGGAUUUUAAUUAUUUAAAACCCAGUUCCUCUGGGCCGGAUGCUGCUGGGAUGGUCCUAGUCACACAAUAUUAAAGAGACCCCUCACUAAGAGGACGAGAAAAGCGUCCGAGACAAGCGUCCGAGACAUCCGUUGCAAUUACGAAUGAACCAGAGACUUGGUAGCACAGGGCAUUGAUUGCUGGUGCCCAGCCGGACCCUCCUCCCCUCUCCCCAUUCCUCCCCCCACCCCCCACCACCACCCGAGGCAGGCUCCGGCGGCGGCCGGGACCUCGCGUCCCUACAUCGUGGCCCGGGCUGCAUUUUUCAUGAGCCCGGGGUGAACAGGUGCGAAGUGCGCUGGGAGCAUCCGGCCGACGGCCAGGAGCGGGGAACAUGGAGAGCGAGCGCGACAUGUACCGCCAGUUCCAGGACUGGUGCCUCAGGACUUACGGGGACUCAGGCAAGACCAAGACGGUGACCCGUAAAAAAUACGAGCGGAUCGUCCAGCUCCUCAACGGCUCCGAGUCGAGCUCCACGGACAACGCCAAAUUUAAAUUCUGGGUCAAAUCGAAGGGCUUCCAGCUGGGCCAGCCGGACGAGGUCCGCGGGGGCGGCGGCUGCGCCAAGCAAGUGCUUUACGUGCCGGUCAAGACCACGGAUGGUGUAGGGGUAGAUGAGAAGCUGUCUUUGCGGCGGGUAGCUGUGGUUGAAGAUUUCUUUGACAUUAUCUAUUCGAUGCAUGUGGAAACAGGGCCAAAUGGAGAACAAAUUCGAAAACAUGCUGGACAAAAGAGAACUUACAAAGCAAUUUCAGAGAGCUAUGCCUUCCUACCAAGAGAAGCGGUGACACGGUUUCUAAUGAGCUGCUCAGAGUGCCAGAAAAGAAUGCAUUUAAACCCAGAUGGAACAGAUCACAAAGAUAAUGGAAAACCUCCCACUUUGGUGACCAGCAUGAUUGACUACAACAUGCCCAUUACCAUGGCCUAUAUGAAGCAUAUGAAAUUGCAGCUGCUAAACUCACAGCAAGAUGAGGAUGAAAGUUCAAUAGAAAGUGAUGAAUUUGAUAUGAGUGAUUCAACACGGAUGUCAGCUGUGAACUCCGAUCUUAGCUCCAAUCUUGAGGAAAGAAUGCAAAGUCCUCAGGCUCUUCAUGGCCAGCAAGAUGAUGAUUCUGCUGCGGAGAGCUUUAACGGCAAUGAGACUCUGGGGCACAGUUCAGUUGCUUCCGGGGGAACACACAACAGGGAGAUGGGUGACUCCAAUGGUGAUGGCAAAACUGGGCUGGGGCAGGAGGAGCAGCCUCUGAACCUGAGUGACAGUCCCCUCUCAGCACAGCUGACUUCGGAAUACACAAUAGAUGACCACAGCAGUAAUGGAAAAAACAAAUAUAAGAAUCUCCUAAUUUCGGACCUCAAGAUGGAACGAGAGGCAAGGGAGAAUGGAAGCAAGUCUCCUGCACAUAGCUACUCAAGCUACGAUUCUGGCAAAAAUGAGAGUGUAGACCGAGGUGCCGAGGACCUGUCUCUAAACAGGGGAGAUGAGGAUGAAGAUGACCACGAUGACCACGACGAUUCUGAAAAAGUGAACGAGACAGAUGGCGUUGAGGCCGAGCGGCUGAAAGCUUUUAAUAUGUUUGUCAGGCUGUUUGUAGAUGAAAACUUGGACCGAAUGGUCCCAAUCUCUAAGCAGCCCAAAGAAAAGAUCCAGGCUAUCAUUGACUCAUGCAGGCGACAAUUCCCUGAGUAUCAAGAGCGUGCCAGAAAACGUAUACGUACUUACCUCAAGUCCUGCAGGCGGAUGAAAAGAAGUGGUUUUGAGAUGUCUCGACCUAUUCCUUCCCACCUUACUUCAGCAGUUGCAGAGAGUAUCUUGGCCUCAGCCUGUGAGAGUGAAAGCAGGAAUGCCGCCAAGAGGAUGCGUCUGGAUAGACAACAGGUACUGAGGAGCGUUGGGGGCUGGUGUGCACCCGCGAUGGCAGACAAAUAUGGUUCAUUUAGUCCAAUUUAUGCAGAAGGCGAAAGACUCUUGAAUGGAUUUUGA